AUGAACGAAAAACUAAAUAAAAAUUCGUAUUACAAUAGACAGACGAAUGACAAUUGUGUUGAACUCAGUGACAAUACUUUAUGUAUAAUUGUUAAGGAUAAAGAAAAACUUUACGGAUUAAAAAGACAAACAAAUAAAUAUCCAAAUGAAGGUUUAGUAGAUAUAACACGACUAAAAGAUGAUUUAAGGUUCUUAACAGGUAUUACCCGAACGAAAUCGAAUGUAGAUAAAUUUUCAGAAGAUUAUUUAGAUGUUGGAGAUUUAAGUGCAACUAGGAAAGAAGCGGAUAUUUUUAAUAAUCCUAAAAAUCUAUAUUCGAAAUUGAAAUUAAUUAUUGCAAGUUUACAAUCGAAAAAUGGUCUAACUCCAAAUUUAAUUAGUCGAAAAGUCAACGUCGCAGAUUUGAUAAAUUUCAUAGAUUUUAGAUCUCAUAAUACAGAUACUUCUGAAGAAUCCAUAGAGAAAUAUAAAAAGAAAAAGAAAAAUAAACCGAAAAGAUUUGAAGUUGUUGAAAAUACUAACGAAUCUGUCGAACCUCGGAAUUCGGAAUCCGAAGAAUCAUCUAAUGAAAUGUCAAUACCGUUAAAAAACAGAAAUAUACCAAAGAUAAUCUACGUUCAAGGUCCUACACGACACAUACCGUCAGAUGAAAGACGCAGCAGACUUCCUCAUUUCAUGCCGAAAAGGUAUCACUGGAGUCUUGAUGAUAUAAAAGAUUUGCCAUAUUUCUGGUUCAAUGGACCACAAGGGUAUUAUGCUGGUGUAUACAGAGUGUUCAUUUAA